AUGAAUCCUGCCAAGACGCGCCCGAUUCAGAAAUUCGCGGCCGCCACUUCAAAGUGCUCUGUCGAAGCCGCUGCAUAUGGCAAGUGUAUAGUGGCAGAUUACAAUGCCGUGCACAAGGACAAGUGUGCCAAAGAGUUUAUGAGGUUGAAGGACUGCUAUCUGCUUGCGUCGAAAAAGUAA